GAGGGGUUGUGCGCUGUUUCGAUUGGACAAAGACGAUCCAGCGUUUAUUCACGAGCACAGUGGGAGGAGAGAGCGCAGCAGCGCAUGAUAUCAAAAAUAAACCUCGCAUUUUCCACACAGUAUAAAUACCAGCGACACAAUCCACACACACUGCUGUGGACUUACAGCUCCGCUUUUAGUCUUAAUUUAGUGAUAGGAAUAAAUAAAACAUUGUUUAUUUUUAGUUAUUAAUGGCAUGAGUUUGAUAAUAUUAUGAUAUCUCAUAUGUUAUCUUAAUAUAGGGUAUCGCAGAUGAAGAACAGUGCUUUUAAAUAAAUGUACAUUUAUUGACAGACCGUUAAUUCGAUUGGCAACAUAUUCAGUUGUAGCAUUAAAUACAUAAAAUGCGGAUGUGUUGGGUUAUCGCUUUCUUAAAUGCUUACCUCUUCACUGAAGCAUUAAAUCACUCAUUCGUGACUGAAGACGUUAUACCUGUCCGGUUAACGGGACGGAGCGGCGGACGCGUGGCGAGGGGAAGUGAAGAGCAGCCGAGCUUUAGACUCGAGGCUUUCGGCAGGAAUUUCACUCUGAAUUUAACACCGGACAGCACGUUCAUAUCGCCUGAACUGAAAGUCUAUCGCCUAAAUGCCAAAGCACACGACUCUUCCUUCAGCAACUUGACAGAUCUGUACAACUCCUUAAACCAAACUGAAGACUCGGGGAGCGAUUUAACCGAUUGUUUUUACUCCGGGGCUGUUAACUCCGAUGAGGACUCUGUUGUCUCUGUCAGUCUGUGUCAUGGGAUUUUGGGAUCUUUUAUAACUGAUGGUCGUGAAUAUCUAAUCGAACCGAAAGGUCUCGGCUCAGGAAAAUACGGAAAAUUGACGGAACAGUUGCAUGUUAUCAAAAGAAGACUGUUUACAAAGUCCCUGCAGUUCCCUGAACAGGUGUCAGAUAGCAACGAUGGUGAAGAACAUUUGAUGGAUGAUAAAGAUGUGAUACAGAUGGCAUCCAGGUCCAGACGCUUUGUUUCUGCGCCCAGGUUUAUCGAGACGUUGGUGGUCGCUGACGCUUCUCUGACGCAUUUCUACGGAGAUGAGAUCAAGCACUACCUUCUGACUUUAAUGUCACUGGCUGCCCAGAUUUACAAGCAUCCCAGCAUUAAGAACUCCAUCAACAUAGUGCUUGUGAAGAUGCUGAUCGUAGAGGACGAGGAUAUCGGACCAUCCGUCUCAAGCAACGGAGGCGUUGCGCUGCGCAACUUCUGUGCCUGGCAACAGCUCUUCAACCCACCUAGCCACAGGCAUCCAGAGCACUACGACACUGCCAUACUUUUUACUAGAGAGGACAUCUGUGGACAUCAGAGCUGUGACACGUUGGGCGUAGCCGACGUAGGGACCAUGUGUGAUGGCAGAAGGAGCUGCUCGGUUAUUGAGGACAACGGCCUUAUGGCUGCUUUCACAACUGCCCAUGAGCUAGGUCAUGUCUUGAAUAUGCCUCACGAUGACGCCAAGAACUGCGAGCAGCUUUUUGGACAACUGGGAGACGAUCAUGUCAUGGCUCCUGUGUUCACUGAGCUGAGCAAGACUUCUCCUUGGUCUCCUUGCAGCGCUUUGUACGUCACUGAAUUUUUUGACAAUGGAUAUGGAGACUGCUUGCUGGACACCCCGGAGAAGACGGUGGCCCUGCCCACUGAGCUUCCAGGAGUGAGUUACAGCCUGGACCGUCAGUGCCAGCAGUUAUUUGGAGAGGAGUAUUCACACUGUCCCAAUGCUUCAGCUGGCGAGGUGUGCAGACAGCUUUGGUGCCAGCAGGAAGACCAGUCUGUGUGCACAACCAGGAACGGGAGUCUACCAUGGGCAGAUGGCACAGGCUGUGGUCCUAACAAGACAUGUCUCAAUGGGGAAUGCAUGUCAUCUGAAGAAGUCAUGAAACCUAGGCCAGCUGUGGAUGGAGGUUGGGGAGAGUGGGGACCGUGGCAACCAUGUUCCAGAUCAUGUGGAGGUGGAGUGAUGUUCUCCUAUCGAGAGUGCGACCAACCCCUUCCUCAAAACGGUGGAAAGUACUGUGAGGGCCAGAGAGUGAAUUACCAGUCGUGCAACACACAACCCUGUGAGAAUAAUCGAGGGAAAAGUUUCAGAGAGGAACAAUGUGAGAAGUACAACAAUCCCAAUCAUUUUGAUGUUCACGGAAAUGUGAAGCAAUGGAUACCGAAAUACGCAGGAGUAUCUCUGAGGGACAGAUGUAAACUUUUCUGUCGAGCGAGAGGCAGCAGUGAAUUCAGAGUGUUUGAAUCUAAAGUGAUUGAUGGAACCCCAUGUGGUCCAGAUACCACAUCGUUCUGUGUGCAAGGCCAGUGCAUCAAAGCCGGUUGUGACCUGGAGAUCGACUCUAAUAAGAAACUGGACAAAUGCGGUGUAUGUGGGGGUAAUGGGCAGAGCUGCAGGAUGAUAUCUGGCUCGUUCAACAAAAUCAUGCACGGAUAUAGAGACAUUGUGACGAUUCCCAGCGGUGCCACUAACAUUAACAUCAAACAACAGAGUCAAGGUAGCAUACCGCAUGACGGGCAUUACUUGGCCAUACGGAGAGAAAAUGGUGAUUAUAUCUUAAAUGGAAACUUCUCAGUAUCCACCCUGGAGCAGUAUAUUCCGGUUCUUGGUGCUGUGCUGAAAUACAGCGGAUCGUCCACCACUCUGGAGAGAAUACAGAGCUUCAGUCAGCUUCAGGAACCAAUCACCAUACAGCUGCUUUCCACUGCUGGUGAAUCCAUCCCACCGAAGGUCAAAUACACAUUCUACAUCCCUAAAACCAUGUCUUUCAACAAACCUAAAGACAAGAAGAUGUCUGGAAAAAAUAGCCAUCCUUUUGGUGUACCACAGUGGGUCACGGGAGAGUGGUCCGAAUGUUCCAAAACCUGUGGCUCGGGAUGGUCCAGGAGAACUGUGGAAUGUAAGGACAACGCAGGUUUUUAUUUGAACCUCUGCAACAAAGAUCUCAGACCCUCUGAUAUUAGGGCUUGUGCAGACCUGCCGUGUCCUUUAUGGCAGAUAGGACCUUGGACUUCGUGCUCACAGACUUGUGGCCAUGGGGAACGCCAUCGUCGGGUUCUCUGCAUCGAUUACACCGGGAAGACCGUGGAACCAGAGAAAUGUGAUCCAUCUAAAUUGCCAGAUUCAGUAUCUGAAAAGUGCUUUUAUCAUGAAUGUUGAUAACAUCAUUUGAAAGUGAAGACGUUCCUGUGAAAUAGGAUUAUGUAGAUUUUGUUGACCGUGCUUCAGGUUGGGGCAGGAAAUAUUUGGGCUUAGAAGGACAAAUGAUGAGUGAACCUGGUUGUAAAAUGAUGAAAGGUCUGAUCACUUCUCCAUGUUUUCGAGAUAUAUUUAUGACCACUACGGAAGUUUUAGCAUAAGGCGAAUGCACACUGUAAGAGUUUGGCCACGAUUUGGUCGUCUGAGACAAAGUCCUAAACAUUUCUUAAAUCCUACGGCAAAAACGUUAGUCUUGAUUGCUAGUUUAAUAUUGCUGAAAUGACCACUGAUCAAAUCUUUCAUCCAAUAAAAUUCUGGAAGCGUCUAAAGAUUUGAGACAAAGCCCUGCAUUGUGGCUUCUUCUACGAUGACCUGUUAUGUCCUCAUCUGGACCUCCUACAGUGACCUGUAAAAUUUUAGACAAGUCUUCUUUGCGUGUAUCCAUUUGUAAGAAGUAUUGACGGCUUGAACAGUCUGACAUUAUAGACAUGUACACUGUAAGCCCAGACGAGUUGAUUUAACUUAAAAACAUAGGGUAAUUCGCUGCCCUAAAAACUUUUGUUAAACAAACAAGUAAUUUUAAGUUAAAUCUACUUAUGUUAACAAUAUGCAAAUCUUUAUUUCACACGUCUUAUUUUAAAAUAGUUUUAUGUUAAGAAAUUCAGCGAUUUUUGCCUCUCAAAAAAGAGGACAUAUUGCAAAGCAAAGCUAACAUCAAGUAAAGCAAAGUCUCAAUAAUGGUGACAGAAAUUAAAUCUCAUGAAGUGAAAAGAUGAGCUCUUGACUUCACCACAAAAAUAAUAAGCAACAAUGAUAACAAAAAACUACUGAGCCCCUAAGGUGACAUUGGAGUAAAAAAAAAUCAAAAUGUGCUUACGUGAAAAGUUCGCGUGCUCACGUGAAACUUUUGCGUGCUCCCGUGAAACUUUCAUGUGCUCACGCAAAACCUUCAUGUGCAGAAUUUUUUUAAAAGUUUAGUUUCGCGUGUGCACGUGAAUGCGAAAGUUUCACGUGCGCACACGAUACUUUCAUCUGCGCUCGCGAAACUAAAUGCGAUAGUUCCACGUGUGCACGCAAAACUAAACUUUAUUUAAUUUUUGCUCCAUGUCCCCUUAAGCCACCUUUCCACUGCACACGACAUACGGAAAUGACGGUCGGAGUUCUCCCCCUAGUGGCAGUCGUAAUGAAGUUUCAGUUUAAUCGUAUAUGGGAGGGAAGCUCAUUCCAGCGCAAGAGGCUUAAUUCUAAUAUAUUUACCAUGGUGGAAUAAAUUAAUGAAUGCAAAUGAAUGAAACAAUAAACAGCUAUGCAUAUAUGACAAAGAUUGACAAUAUUUUUUGGAGAGAACAUAUGAAGACAAGAUUAAAAUAAUAACAUACACAAAUUAAAUUAAUAAUGUAUUACUUAUCAGUAAUCAAAAGGUUUUUUUUAAGGAUUCAAGUGUUACUAAUAAAGUUAAACAAAAAGGAUUAAUCAUUUUCACCUCACACACAGUUUAUGAUUGGAAUACAAUGAAAUACAUCACUUCCGGUCGGCAUAUCGCAUGCGGUUUAGUCGCACAAGUUCAAAUUUUUUAACGGAUCCAACACUCAAAACGGAUCCGAUAUUUACGCAUCCGCAGAUGGUCGGCACUUCACGCAGCCCCUUUGCAACUCUCCAUAGGAAAUGAAUGACUUCCGGUUUAACGGUCGUCGUUUGUCGUGUGCAGUGGAAAGGCGGCUUUAGGGGCUCCGUAAAAAACAACUGCAGUAGUUUAAAAAAGACAACAAACAGCAAAACAACAUUCAUAUAAAAGUAGCAGUUAAUUUAUGCAUGCUGCAAUGCAUGAUGGGUAAAACUUUCAAAUCCAGACUUAAAUAAGCUAAAAUAAAUUGAUUUAACUUAAAGUUUCUUGUUGAAUGAGAGAAAUCAUGCAAUACAGGGCAUUAAACUUAAACACUUGAGUAAUGGAGGAAAUUUUUCAGGGUGUAGGUUAAGUGUACGUAUUUAUUUGGAUUAAAACAAAAGUUAAUGAGGGUUAAUACAUAUGAAAUAUUUUUACUUUUAAGUGUAUUACAAAUUCAGAUUUGUGAGUUUUCAAAGGAAAUAAAAAUGUAAUACAUGUAAAUAUUGAUCAAAUAAUGCAAAAUGGAAUUAGUUGAAUCUGGAAUGCCAUCAUUUUUUUUACUUUUAAACUGGCUAUAUUUGUAGUCACCUGAUAUUCAAUUAUUUUUUUAAACAUUAUGUGUUAAAAUAUAGUUUAGGAUAUAGCAUAGGGUUUAUGUCCAUUCAAUGAAUUGUGUUAACUAUAGAGUAGCAAAUUGUAAAUUGCUCAGUAAAUUCAAACAAGGACUUUCUCUGCAAUUCUGAGACCUUACCGGUUCAUUCUGCUCUUUGUCCUUUGUUUUCCUGUAGUUGAGGUCUGCUGAGGUUUUGAAAGUGCUGUGUAGUGAACAUGUAAUGAAGCUGAAGCAGUGCAGCAUGACACCAAAAUAGAUUUCACAAAUAGGUUGGAGUCACCACAGUCAGAGAUUAUUUAUAUAAAAUGCUCCUGUAACUUUCAGGUUACUGUAUGUAAAUGUUAAUAUGUUAUUGAUCAUUCCAGUUUUUGUACAUUUAAUAUAUAUCUAUCAUAUUAUGACAAAACAUGUUAUACCUUCAGUGAAGGACUGUGGUGUUAUUUCAUUGUAAAGCUAUUUAUUUUUGUAAAGUUUCAUUGUCAAGAAUGAAUACAAAUUAUGCAAUAUUUUCAACAUGGCUUGUUUAUGUUAUCAAUGAGGAGUUUAAAAAUAAAAUUGUUUAAUAUAACAUGCAAAAUCAUC